AUGAUUGCUCUGCAUACUUUAGAAACAUACAACAUUCAAAACAUUUCAAUAAACAACACAUCAAAUAUAAACAAUUCAGUCAUGUCACUCGUUAAUUCAGAAAAAGUGGAACUCCAACCAGGUCUAAUUGCCUUAGUAUCACUGAUGGCCUUCAUACUCCUAAUUAUGAUUGCAACAUUGUUACUACCAAAAUCAAUUCAAGAUAAUAUUUUCCAAUUAAUUUUGAACCAGACUCCAGAUCAAACAUUUAAUUAUAUUGAUGUGGGUCUAUAUAAAACUAGACAUUCUAUAUACCGUAAAGAAGUUUACUCAUUAGCCAUGCAAGGCAAUCAAUAUAAGAAAAAGGAUGAGGGACAUACACUACUUAGUAAUAAUAAGAGUAUUAGUUCACUUAAGUGUAAAGGCACUAGUCAAUUAAAACCAAUGGCGACAAAGUCAGUCAUCGCGUCCGUUUCAGUUCCAGAAGACUAUGACAAAUUUGAUCAGUGUUCAUGUUCAACUUCAGUGUGUAAAUCAACACUGUCCUCAUACAGUUGCCAUGCUCAACAUGACUGUCUUCAAAUGGAAAAUGAAAAAUCAGUGAUAUUUUCUAAAGAUAGCUGCUCUUUUGGUAGUCAUAACAACGAUAAAAUUAUAGGUAGUAAUAUUAACAAUGAUAAUUAUAACCAUAUUAGAUAUGAUAGCUAUACGUAUGCCAACAGUCGGCGCAAUUCAACUUCAAAUUUAACUAAAGAGGAUUUUUUUACUUAUGACACAAUAAAUUUGUUAUCAUCAUCAUUAAACACUAGAUACUCACUACCUGUACGUUUUACUCAAAGUAGCCAAAGCAUUAAUGCAUUCAACAGACUUCCACUCACUUCAGUAUCCCCGAAAUCAAAACAACCAUCAAUGUUAAAUAAACGUGUUCGAUUGCAACUAUCAGAUAACUUUAUUGAUAGAUGUAAAUAG